UGUUGUGACAGACGAUUUUAGUCAGACAGAGCACAGCUGCGUUCGCUUCGCGCUUCGGUCACUCGUGGCGGUCGCGCCAAACAAAAUUUGAUUCAGUUAAUCGCGACAUUAGCAUUGAUGCGAACGUUUCUCGCGUUACAAUUAACGAGUUGUUUUGAAUUACCGCUGUAAACUUGCAAAGUUAAUUAACUUUAAAAAUGGCGUCGGAACUAAGAACAGAAAAGGGGUCUUCUAAUGGAUUGACGGAUAAAGCUCCCUGGACUGAUGAGCAAGGCAUAGUGAUGAAGGUGUACCAAGCAGUGAUGCUGACUCUGGAGAUCGUGACCCUCUAUAUCAAGAUGGUUCUCACCUGGUUCCAUGCUAUGUACCUGCUGGUAGUGCCCCCCGAGCCGAAGAGUGUCAAUGGAGAGAUUAUCCUUAUUACCGGCACAGGCCACGGCAUGGGUAGGGAGACAGCGAUGAGGUUUGCCAAGCUCGGAGGCGUGAUAGUCUGUGUGGAUAUCAACCAGAAAACCAAUCAGGAGACCGUGGACCUCAUCAAGGAGCAGAAAGGAAAAGCGUAUCGGUUCGAAUGUGACGUCACAGACAGCGAGGCAGUGAAGGCUCUGGCCGAGAAGAUCCGUCGUGAAGUAGGCGACGUUACCAUGCUGGUGAACAACGCCGGCAUCAUGCCGUGCAAGCCGCUGCUGCAGCAUGGGGAGGGGGAGAUCAGGGCCGCCUUCAAUGUCAAUGUCAUGGCUCAUCUGUGGUUGAUCCAAGCAUUCCUACCCUCUAUGAUGGAGCGAAACCACGGUCACAUCGUGGCGAUGUCUUCGAUGGCCGGUGUCCUUGGACUACGGAAUUUAGUUCCAUAUUGCGCCACCAAGUUCGCUGUCAGAGGGCUAAUGGAAGCGCUGCACGAAGAGUUAAGGGAGGACACGAGAGAUUUCAGUGGCAUCAAAUUCACGGUGAUCUGCCCGUACAUAGUGGACACGGGACUGUGCAAGAACCCCAAGAUCAAGUUCCCGUCGAUGAUGAAGAUCCUGACGCCUGAAGAAGCUUCCGACUGCAUCGUGGACGCGGUCCGGAGGAACUACUACGAGAUCAGCAUACCGACGUCGCUCUUAUACGUCAACACUUUUUGCCGUCUAUUGCCGAGGUCUGUGUCCUCGCAUUUGAAGGAUUUUUUGGAUUCAGGACUUGAGGCACAGUAAAAUUUAAUAUUAAACUAAAAUAGUGUUUUUAGUAUUAGCGGUUUUAGGAAUUUCCGAAGGCUAAUUUUUUUUCAAAUAAAAAAUAGUGCCAAUUUUUUUUAAAAUGAAUGUUGCGAAUGUAUUUUACUGUUAUUUUUUUAAUAUAAGAAUCUAAAUGAGAAGAUUCUAAUCGAUCUAUAUAAGUUGAGCUGAUUUUUGUGAUAUCAAAAUGCGACGGUAUAUUAUUAAGUAAUUAUAUAUUAAGUAUAUUUAACCACUUGUUACCCGCUUAACAUAUUCUAUUACGGAUUAGUUUCCACGGUGAAUAGGAUAUAUUAUAACACGUAAAAUAAUUAACGCAUAAGAACAUCGAUCCACGCUCUUAUUUUUCAAAGUAGACGACGGAAUCCAGGUCAAAGUGCCGCCAAUAUAUCAAUAAAAAACAAAAAAAAAUAAUUCAAAACUCUUAAUCCAUUGGCUGUUUGUAAAAUCACUAACAAAAUAACCAUUUAUCAAUUUACAAUAUUUAAUGAAAGCUGGGUCAUUUAUAUUAUAAUUUUGUCUUUGUAAUAGAACAAAAGUAUUACACUCUUUAUGUUACAACAGGUCAAAGCCGUAGAGUGCCUUCCUUUGCCAUGUAUUUUUUUGUUUUGCUUAAAGAAACGUGAUUCGCGUCUUUAGAUCUUCAGCUUCAGUUGGAAUCGAGUCUGCCCUGAACCGGUAUUCGGUUCGAAGGUUUUAGCAGCAGAUAGAGAUACCGGUGUGGGUUUCACUCGCCUUAAAUUAAACUAAGAUUAGUAAUGUUAAUAUUAUUCGAUUAAAGUUAAAAUACAUCAUUAGUACGCUUCGAGAUCCAAACUAAGGGUUUUGUUUUUCAUUGACGAGAAAACAUUUUUUGUAAUAUCUCGUAUCAGCCUUCAGAAUGGUGCGGCUUGUAAACAUAAUUAAAUAAAAACAAACUAAUGGCACUUGGGGAUUGCCGCGGUAAAGCUAUUGCAUAACAUUUUUUAUCAUCUUAUGCAAUUAUAAUUAGACAAUAAUAAUUUAAUAUUAAAACAAUACUGAAAGAAGACCACGCUAUAUUUAUAAACAUUAACAAAAGCACAUUAACUGUCUCUUUCACACUCAUAAGCUAGACCGCGCGAGAGAGAGAUGAGCAGAUUUCUCAUAAUGCGCAUGCAGUGCGACCUCACACCGCGCGCUUAUUCACAAACACUACACAAGCGCAACGUGUGAAUGUGUUGAACGCGAGCUACAUGGUAGGCGGAGUGGGGGGUGUUAGGGUGUUUUCAUUACGGAAUUUCUUGAUUCGGUCGCCGCGCUCAAAGUCCGCGAUAAAAGCUAUGCAUCAGCUUAAAAACAUAAUUAUGGAGCUGUCAAUCAAAAUUACGUGCAGAAGGUCAGCGGCUCCAAGUUCAAAACGGUAAUUGCUUAGAUGGUACGGUCGUAGUAACGGUAAUUAAGUAGAUUAUUUAAUCGGAAAACGAUCUACGUUUGCUGAUUUAGGUAAGUGUGCGUUUAGUGGAUAAAUAUUACGCGAGGACGCGCCAAUCAAAGCGGAAGAAACUCAGAGGCGAUCAGGGUGCUAAGUGCGAGUUUUUUAAAGUUUUCGAUAACGUAAAAGUUAACUCAAAUUUGUAUGCAGUUGGAACAGCGCCCCUAGCGGCAACACUUUGCCAAACGUUUGAUUGGCGUGUCCUCGUAUAAGUUCCAAGUAUUCUUUUUGAUACUUUUCUGUCGUUCGAAAUGUUCCAUAAAAGCUUAUUUCGGUUUACUGUUCAAAUUCAAACAUUUAUUUCAAUUUUAAUGUCAUCAAAACGUAUUUUUUGUUGUGAAGCGUAGAAUAGUCCUAGGCUAGUACAGUUGGAAAUACUACCAAAUAUUGUUUAUGACAUCUCUAUACUGUCAAUUUGACAGUUUAAUUUUAGGGUCAAUAACAUUCCUGUUCAUUCGUGAUAUUAAGUUUCAUAAUGGUCAAUGGUUGAAUUGGAUUUCAUUUUUACAUAUUUAUACAAUUUUAAAUUUUCACAAAUAAAUAGUGUCGUAUUUUCUUUUUUUUAAAUAUCGUUGAUGGACUCAACACGUGAGAUGUGACAAGCGUAAAAAUAGAAAUACGUACAUAUUUACUUCAAAUCCUUUUACCAAUAAAAAAAAAUCAUAUAGGUACUUGGUGAUUUUAAUAUGGUUAAAUAAAAUGAAGGUAUGGUACAAAUAUCAUAUCAACACCACAAUACUUCACUGGAAAACGUCGAAAACAAUUGAAAAAGAUACAUUAAGCUGGGUACUCACCUAGCUGUGUAGCACGUAACGUAACAGAUACAGUAUCAACCUGCAAGUGGGUACGGCUGGUCCACGGUCCACAGCGUAUCUAGUUACGAGCUGCCACGAGCACACUGCGAGCCGCCUUUGUGUUCGCAGUGAUACCGCCAUUCGGCGGGUCACUGCGGGCUUGCUCCGCUCCUUCCGCGAGCGGCUCGCAGCGGGCUCGUGUCUACGUACUCACUGGAUACUGUAUCUGUUACGUUACGUGCUACACGGCUAGGUAAGUAUCCACCAUUACAAUUUUCGUCAUCACAUUUAGCGUUAGUGCUACAUUUUGAUUAUAACAAUUUUUACGAAAAAAAAUAUAUAUUUGUUGUUGUUACACUCUACCAAAGUGCCAUCAUAAUGAAACAAAACGAACAUCACGACUUACCAAACCAAAAACAAUAUUUUGUUCACAUCACACGUUUAGUUAUUGUUAUAUUUUAUUAUAAGUUUAGUAUUUUAAUGGCCAAAACAAAGCGGUGUUGUGAAAAAUUCGAUUUGUGGUAAUGUUUUCAGCGUGAUUUGAAAAUAAAUGAUGUAAAUUAAAACAAA